GAGUUGUUGAAAAACAAAACCCUAAAAGGGUUCUCUGCUAGAAAAAUCGCCGCCAGCUCCAUUUUUAUCUCAACUUCACCCCAGUCUAUACCCUUCGUAGACCUUCUACCAGUUAUGCGCUUUCUGGCUCUUCAAGACUCUUUCUUGAAAUUCAUUUGUGUGUUCUUUUUCGACCGUUCCCAGUAAUAGGUUUGAAGUAAGAAUUCUUUUUUGGUUUGUGAUCAGAGAGCUAUAUCUUUCUUUAUUUUACUCAGAACCACAGACGUAUUAUGUACAUGUGUAAGCGUAAAUCUGUGAUUUUUAGGUUUUCAAGCUUGAGUUUUUAAAGAGUUUAGGAUUUAGAUUACCCAGGCCGUUUCGAUUAAGUUUUCGAGCUUUUUAGGGAGGGCUGGUGGUUUUUGUGGGAUUACUGAGUGAUCGUUUGAUCUUUGAGAUUGUGAAUAAGUUUUCUGAAUUUAGGCCAAUGAUGGGGAGCAAUGAAAAUUCGUUUGGGGAUGAUCUGGAGAAGGAGUUAGGACUGUUGCUUAGUGAGCAGAGGCGUCAAGAAGCUGAUGAUCUUGAAAAGGAGCUGAAUUUGUAUAGAAGUGGUUCAGCUCCUCCAACUGUAGAGGGCUCUUUUACGGCAGCAGGUGGUCUGCUUAGACAAGGCGGCGGCACUGGCUUUGGAGGUGUAGGUUUCUCCCCCGUUCAGGAAUUCGCUCGGAGUGAAAACGGAAAUGUGUUUUUAUCUGAUGACGAACUUAGGUCUCAUCCGGCAUACUCAUCUUACUAUUAUGCUAAUGUGAAUCUGAACCCUAGGUUACCCCCUCCUCUCAUGUCCAAAGAGGAUUGGAGGUUUGCUAAGAGAUUACAAGUAGGGAGUUCUGUUGUAGGGGACAGGACAAAUGUGAACAACAAUGGUAGUUCCACCACUGGCAGAUCACCUCUUUCCAUGCCACCUGGAUUUAACCCGACUAAAGAGGAAAUCAAGAAUGAAUCAGUGGCUUCAGUUGAGUGGGGCAGUGAUGGUUUGAUUGGUUUACAAGGAUUAGGAUUGGGUGCCAACCAGAAGAGCAUAGCUGAGAUAUUUCAGGAUGACCUCGAUUGUGCCCCUUCAUUGGGUAGUCACAUUUCCCGCCCAACUAGCCGCAAUGCAUAUGUUGGUAGUGAAGAUUCUCUACCCCCUGCAGAAUCUGAGUUUUCUCACCUUCAUCAUGACUUAUCGUCCUCAGACCCAUUAAGGUCUUCAGCAAAUGCCAAUAGACCAUCGGUUGCUCAUCAUGCUGGUUUGCCCCCAUCAUCAUAUUCAUAUGCUGCGGUUCUGGGUUCCUCCUUGUCAAGGAGCACCACGCCCGACACUAAACGUGUUGCCACCUCUCCUAGUCCUUCUGUUACUCCUAUUGGUGGUGGGAGGAUUGCUACACCCGACAAAAAACAUAUAAAUAAACUGAACACAUUUGACGGUGUAUCCUCUCAUAUAAAUGAUCCCACAGAUAUGGUUGCUGCUUUUUCUAGCAUGAACCUCUCAAAUGGUAGGCAGAGUAACCCAAAGAAUCAUGCUUAUUUGAAGAAAUCUGAAUCCGCACGGUAUAAUAUUCCUUCUCCUUCUCAGCGGACCCAGUACUCCGAGACUGGUGAUGAUCUUCAUCAUAGCUCUAUUCUCCAAUCUGAUGUGCACAAAUCUGCCUUCUCAUCAAAUGAAUUAUACCUUAAAGCGUCUCCUACUUUGAAACUCAAUGGUGGAGCCUGCUUACCUUCUCAUCAUCCAAAUUUUGACAGUGCAUAUUCAAGUUAUGGCUUGAGUGGUCAAUCUGAUAAUCUAAUAUCAAGCCAUCAUGGAAGCGCUAAUCUUCCACCCUUAUUUGAAAGUGCUGCUGCUGCAUCUGCUAUGGGGGUCCCUCGAAUGGACUCAAGAAUGACCUCCGAGCAGCUACUUGGUAGGAUAGGAAAUCAAAUCGGUGCCGGCUCUGCUCCUUUGCAGGCACAGUUUGUAGAUCCACUGCAUGCUCAGUACUUGCUUCAGUAUGCAGCACUUAAUGAUCAUUCCAUGGAUCAGACUUAUAUGGGUAAUUCAUAUAUGGACUUGUUUCAAAAAGCUUACAUGGAUGAUAAUAUGGCAUCUCCACAGAAAUCACAAUAUGGUAUUGCAUUGAAUAGUAAGAGCAGAUCAAGUAAUCAUGGAUACUAUGGGAGCCCUGCUUAUGGGUUUAAUUUGUCCUAUCCCGGUAGUCCGAUGGCAAGCCCUUUAACGCCGAACUCUCCUAUGGGACCUGGUAGUCCUUUGAGGCAAAAUGAUUAUGGUCUGAGAUUCUCUGGAGGAUUGAGAAACUCAAGUGCCAGUAUCAUGGGAUGUUGGAACUUGGAUAACAUGGAUAACGGAUACCCACUUUCUCUUCUGGAAGAGUUCAAGGGAAAUAAAACAAAAUGUAUUGAACUAUCAGAGAUUGCAGGUCAUGUAGUUGAAUUCAGUGCUGAUCAGUACGGGAGCAGAUUCAUUCAACAAAAACUAGAGACUGCCACAAUUGAGGAGAAAAACAUGGUUUUUCAGGAAAUUAUUCCUCAUGCAAUGACACUCAUGACGGAUGUGUUUGGUAAUUAUGUAAUCCAAAAGUUUUUUGAACAUGGAAUGCCAACUCAGAGGAGAGAACUAGCUAACAAGCUUCUUGGGAGUGUAUUGACACUAAGCCUCCAAAUGUAUGGCUGUCGAGUGAUACAGAAGGCAAUAGAAGUAGUAGAUGUGGACCAGAAGAUUAAAAUGGUUGAGGAGCUGGAUGAUCAUGUCAUGCGGUGUGUGCGUGAUCAGAAUGGGAAUCAUGUCAUCCAGAAGUGUAUCGAAUGCGUACCGGAAGAACAUAUUCAAUUUAUUAUUUCUACAUUUUUUGGGCAAGUCGUGACUCUCUCUGCUCAUCCUUAUGGGUGUCGAGUAAUACAGCGAGUAUUAGAACACUGCAAGGAUCCACAAACCCAAAGUAAAGUGAUGGAAGAGAUUUUAGGAUCUGUUAGCACAUUAGCACAGGAUCAAUAUGGUAAUUAUGUUAUCCAGCACGUGCUGGAGCAUGGCGAGCCACAUGAACGAUCUAUCAUUAUCCAGGAAUUAGCUGGGAAGAUUGUUCAAAUGAGCCAACAAAAGUUUGCCUCAAAUGUUGUGGAGAAAUGUCUGACUUUUGGGGAACCCAAUGAAAGACAACUACUUGUGAAUGAGAUGCUUGGCACAACAGAUGAAAAUGAACCGCUUCAGGCAAUGAUGAAAGACCAGUUUGCAAAUUACGUUGUACAGAAAGUUCUGGAAACUUGCAGUGAUCAAGAACGUGAAUUGAUCCUCUCACGAAUAAAAGUCCACUUGAACGCAUUGAAGAAAUACACUUACGGGAAGCAUAUUGUUACACGUGUUGAGAAACUCGUUGCGGCUGGCGAAAGGAGAAUGGCUGCCCAAGUCCCCAACAUGGCUUAAGAUCUUUUAUAUAUAGAGCACGUAACGAUGUACAGCUAACCCGAGGCUAGUUUGAGCUCCCUCCCCUUCCCGCUAUCUCUAUCUUCCUCUCUCUCUCUCUCUCUUUCAUGGGCUGUGAAUGCCAAUAAAGUUGCUCAUGUUAGAUAGAGAGAAGUGUACAUUGUGUAGUUUGAAGUUCUGGUAUAGAGAGAACCAAAGUAGAGAGCUGAAGACUGAGCAGAAGAGAAGAGGAUGACGAAGAAGAUGAUGAGUUUAUGUAUAAAAACAAAUGAUAUUACCAAGGCAAAAUUAGGGUUUUCAUUUACUACAUAAUCUGUGUUCACUCUGUAUAAAUGUGCUUUAGUUGUUAACAUGUUGAGAGAUGAUGAUGUUUAUGUUCUCAAGGCCCACCAGUGUUUUCUUGCAUGGUGCUUUUGAUUCAUCUUAGCUUUAUCAUCUCAU